AUGCAGGAGAAAGAAGAGAGAGUGAAAAAGUGCCGGGACGAUGCAGUGAAGAAACGCCGGAGAGACGCGGCGGAGGACGUGGAAGCCCCGCUGGCUGAGGAGACAGUUCAGGCGUUCAAAGACGCAUUCAAUUCCGCCCUCCCCGAUUUCCUUGUCGUCGCUCCUGGGAGAAUCAACAUCAUCGGAGAACACUUGGACUACGAGGGGUACUCCGUUCUUCCCAUGGCGAUCGACAAGUUCACGACUUGUGCUAUUCGGUCGCUUCCUCCUCCCGCGUCUUGUUGCGAUUCGUCUCCGGCGCGCUCUCUACCGCCUUCGCAAGAGGGAGCGGCGAGUCGAAAAGAGAGGAACAGUGGAGAGAGCGCCCCUGGAUCUACUGACCCCCGGAAAAACGGAGACAGGACGCACCUCGCUUCAGUUGAACCAACCACUCCGGGGCUCUUCCCUUCCUCUUCUCCCUCGCCUUUCUCUUCUCCCUCGCCCUCCUCUUCUCCCUCCUCUUCUCCCCUCUCUUCUCCCCUCUCUUCUCCCUUUCUCGCCCUCCGUCACACGCACGGCGACCGCUUUGCUGGCUGCACUGUGGAGCUCGUGGAAGACCUGCCGUUGCAGCUGCGGCGUCUGACUAGAGGCGAGGCGUCGGGGCGAGGAAAGGAAGAAGAGCGAGGAAAGGAAGAAGAGCGAGGGGAGGGAGAAGAGCGAGGGGAGGGAGACGGAGCGAGAGAGAACGGCGCUGACGCUGGAGAGAAAGGGGAGUCUGCGGAGAAGGCCGAGGGCGGCGCGAGAGAGGAGAUCCACUCCGCAGGGACAGAGACAAGGCGGGUCGGAUCCGACGAUGCGGCGGAGCAAACGGCAGGAAGCCGAAAGAACGACGGCUGGCUCAAAUACCCUCUGGCGGCCAUAGUGGGGGUGCUAGAAUAUCUGAUAGGCGGCAAAGACCUCGACGCAGUGGGAAGGCUCUUCGGCGUCGGACGCACAGAAGAAGGCGGAGGGAUGGAUCAGUCAGUCAUCGUCUUAUCUUCGGAGAAGUCCGCGACGCUCGUCUCCUUCGUUCCUUCCCUUCAAACGCGCCUUGUUCGUCUCCCCCCUGGCGUACAGUUUGCUGUCGCCCACACACUCGUGUCGAGCCCAAAAGCUGCGCAUGCAGCUAAGCUGUUCAACAAGAGAGUCAUGGAGUGUCUCUUUGCGGCUCUCCUUCUCCUCAAGUCUACACAGCCCAGCAAACCACUGCCGACAGGGGAGGCGUUGCGUACGUGGACGCUGCGCAAAUCUCAAGAGACUGCAGGCCUGUCUCUCUCCGAAGCAGUCGAACUCGCAAAGGAAGCCCUGAAACGGGAAUAUUCGCGGAGACAACUGGAAGAAGAGCUAGGGCUCACAGUGAUUGCCGAGGUCGUGAGACUCCUUCCUCUCCUGGAAGAGGUUUGGAAACAGAACGACACGUUCUGCCUUCGACAACGCGCGGUCCACGUCUUCACUGAGGCCGCGCGGGUGCAUGCAUUCGUUGCGGCGUGCGAGAAUCCGGACUUGGCUUUCGACGAGAAACUCGAGCUUCGGGGCCUGUAUGUGGCAAAGCGGUCGCCUGUCGCCGAGACUGCCGGCGCCAAAGACAGUGCAGAGGAGCGCCUCGCGCCCUGUCUGCAGUGGGACAUUCUGUCUUUCAAAGAAAAACAUCCUUCCGAGGCUCACCGACUUCCUUCUCCGUCUCCCUCUCCUCCGCCUGUUUCUUCUUCCGCCGCGGCCGACGCGCACCUGCGCGCGGCCGGCGUGGACUCGGCUCUUUUCCUUGUGAGGCCCGCGGGAGGAGUCGCGCUGCUGCGAGUCUUGGCAGCAGCGAGGGAGACAAAGACGCGAGAAGGUGGGAGAAAACGCGUCUGGGACCUUGAAACAAUCCCGUUGGAGCGAGGGCAGCUGGAGAGCGUGUGGGCGAGCGCGAGUGAAGUGCCUCCCAGAGAGAAGGGGCCAGGAAAAGGGGCGAGGGAAAAGAGGGGCGAAGACGUUUUGAAAGACCCGUGCCUGCGGCCGAACGCAGAAAACGCAGGAGGCAGAGAGAGGCAAAAACGCGGGCAAGAAAGGGAAGAAGGAAAUGAGGAGAUUUAG